AUGUCAGCCUGCGUCAUGAUGCAGGGAGAGAUCAGUGCAGAGCCUCAGUUUGGAAUUUCCAUGUGCAAGAUAAAUAACCUCAUGUGCUUCCUUAAUUUUGAGUUCAAGGACCCUGUUUGUCAACUUGUUCCACACAGACCCUCACCUGAACUCAUCCCAACAAAGGGUAAAGGUCUCGGUGCCUUCACCAGCCCAUCCGGCUACGGCACCAUCCUGUGCUUUCCCAUCACGAUUUGGCAAAGCCGACGCAACACUAAGAAAACAGUUGAAAGUCUCAGAGAGGCUAGACAGCAAGAGGCUGAGCGCAGAAAUGCUGAAACACAGCAGGAGUUCCAGGAGGAGCAGAAGCGCAGGGAAAUGCGUGAGAAGAGUGACGCCAACCGUGACGGCCUUGGGCCUCAGGGGCCACCAAGGGAGAAGAGGGUUCUAGAAGUUGAGCCGCUAGAUCCCAGAUUGGAGAGAGAUCCUGAGAACCCGCGUAACUGCGAUGAGGCGUGCGGGAAUGCUUUGAAGGGCUCUUGUCCUAUUCAUGAUAGGAAGCAGUCUUCUCGACCUACGAGUCCUGGACUGUUGGCUAUCUAG